UGGCGUUGUCCAUCUCCCACUAUCUCUGCGCGUCGCUCUCAGUAACCUUCAGUAGGAAAAAGGUUUCUUUACUGUUCGCUGUUCGUUGUUCCUGUUCGCUGAAAUGGGAGAGUUAAAAGGUGUUCAUUAGCAAGUGUUCGUUGUUCAUUUUACUUGUCAAAAUAAACACCUGGCAGGUAUGUGACAAGAAAUGGAGGGAGCAGUUUAAAAUUCCGUUAAGGAAGAAAGAAGUUGAAGAAAUGGAGGGAGGAGAGGGCAGUAUUUCCCCGGAAAAUGAAUCCCCCAGCUGUCAGGUAGAUCUGAAGUCAUCAAUAGACAACUUGAUACAAGAAGUGGCAACACAGGAAGCGAUCGGAUCAGUUGACCCUAAUGCCCUUGUCACACAGUUACUUAAUUCUGCUUCAGUUCAGUCCAUGCUUCAAAGGGUGUCAGUUGGCAGCAAAGGCCAUAAGAAUAGACAAGGUUUAACUAGCAACCUUCCACCUCAAGUCCAAGAAAAAAUGGUGCCUGGACAUCGCUAUUUAUAUGUGCACGUUGGUGGUGGACGGGCAUUUGUUGACCAUUUGGAGGAGGAAAAGAAUAAAACAUCUAGCCAAUCUACUCUUUUAAUCAUCUUGCAAUUCAUGAGUCAGAG